UAUUAAUAAUUAAAAAACAUUAUUUUUUCCUGUUUGUAUGGCUAAAAAGGAGACAAAAGAACCAGUCCAUUAUUGAAGAAACAGUCUCUUUCAUUGAAAGAGCCCCUCCAAAGUUGAAACCAACCACCGACUCCCACUUACUUCCAAAGAAAAGUUAAAGGGUGCUUUCAAUUGUUGAUUUUCGGUAGAGGGAGAGAGAACAUAGCAUAUAUAGCACUGGAGGUGGAUGUUUUCGCAGUUUGGCUGAUUGAAAAUGAAAAUGAGAGAAGAGGGGAAUGGUGGAGAGAAUGGUGAGCAGCAGCAGCAGGUGGAGGAGAAUGGGGUUGAUCGUGAUCGCGAUCAUGAUCAUGAUCAGAAAAUAGACUACGUUUUCAAGGUGGUGGUGAUCGGUGACUCGGCUGUGGGGAAAACGCAGCUGCUGUCCAGGUUUACCAAGAACGAGUUCUGCUUCGACUCCAAGUCCACCAUUGGAGUUGAGUUCCAGACUCGCACUCUCACCAUCAAGUCCAAACUUAUCAAGGCCCAGAUCUGGGACACUGCUGGUCAAGAAAGGUACCGAGCAGUGACGAGUGCAUAUUACAGAGGAGCGCUGGGAGCCAUGCUGGUAUUCGACAUAACCAGGAGGCAGAGCUUUGAUCAUGUUGCCAGGUGGGUGGAGGAGCUUCGAGGCCACGCCGAUAACUCCAUCGUCAUCAUGCUCAUCGGGAACAAAGCCGACCUGGUGGACUCCCGGGCAGUUCCCACUGCGGACGCCGUCGAGUUUGCGGAGGACCAAGGCCUCUUCUUCUCGGAGACUUCCGCACUCAGCGGCGACAACGUGGAGACGGCCUUCCUUCGGCUGCUGGAGGAGAUUCACUCUGUGGUUUCCAAGAAGGCUCUGGAUGCUGACCGCGGAAGUGUCAACGGCGGCGAUCCUGCAGCGCUCAAAGGAUUGAAAAUUGACGUCAUCCCGGGCUCUGACAUGGAAAUUAGCGAGAUGAAGAAGCUGUCCUCGUGCUCUUGUUGAAACCAGCGAGUUCAUGAUUAAGAGAAAUUAUUAAGCUUCUUAGUAGGUGAAUUUUGAUGAAAUGCAUAACAUUGAUCACUUCAAAAUUACAAAUUAUCUGAAAAUGUGUUUUGUUAUUUGAAAAAAUUAUAAUAUGGUUAAGCAACGUACUUCAGUAAUUUCUUGUAGGAUUGGGUUUGACUUCAUUGAGCUUUUGAGACUGAAGUAUUGAGAAUUUUAAAAUAGAAUGUAGUAUUUUUAUGA